UGUGGUUAUAAAAGUUGGGGGCGGAGAAGCCAAGAGUGGCUGGGGAAACGAUGGCUGAUGAAGAGGAAGGAGCUGAGCACAUCUUGCAGAAAUUGCAGGAAUUGGUGGAUCAGCUCUAUUCAUUUCGAGACUGCUAUUUUGAGACACACAGUGUUGAGGAUGCUGGGCGGAAGCAGCAGGAUGUGCGGGAGGAGAUGGAGAAGACCCUGCAGCAGAUGGAGGAAGUAUCGGGUUCUGUCCAGGGCAAGGCACAGACUCUAAUGCUAACAGGGAAGGCAUUAAAUGUGACUCCUGAGUAUAGCUCUAAGGCUGAGGAGCUUCUGUCGAAGGCUGUGAAGCUGGAGCCUGAGCUGGUGGAAGCUUGGAACCAGCUGGGUGAGGUCUACUGGAAGAAAGAGGAUGUUGCAGCUGCCCACACCUGCUUCUCAGGAGCCCUCACCCAUUGCAAGAACAAAGUCUCCCUACAAAACCUGUCAAUGGUGCUUCGCCAGCUGCGGACCGACAAUGGAGAUGAACAUUCUCGCCAUGUCAUGGACAGCGUCCAACAAGCUAAGUUAGCUGUGCAGAUGGAUGUCCUGGAUGGCCGCUCCUGGUAUAUCCUGGGGAAUGCAUACCUUUCUCUUUACUUCAAUACUGGCCAGAACCCUAAGAUCUCCCAGCAAGCCCUCAGUGCCUAUGCCCGAGCAGAGAAAGUCGACAGGAAAGCUUCCAGCAAUCCUGACCUUCAUCUGAACAGGGCAACGCUACAUAAAUAUGAAGAGAGUUAUGGGGAGGCCCUGGAGGGCUUCUCUCGGGCUGCAGCACUGGACCCUGCCUGGCUGGAGCCCCAGCAACGAGAGCAACAACUCCUGGAAUUCCUCAGUAAACUAACCAGUCUCCUGGAGAGCAAGGGAAAGAUGAAGGCCAAAAAACUGCAGAGCAUGUUGGGAAGCUUGCGUCCAGCCCAUCUUGGCCCUUGUGGUGAUGGGCGCUAUCAGUCGGCCUCGGGGCAGAAGGUGACCCUGGAGCUCAAGACCCUGAGUGCCUUGCAGCCUGGUGUGAACAGUGGUGCUGUGGUCCUGGGAAAGGUGGUGUUUAGCCUAACCACAGAAGAGAAAGUCCCCUUUACAUUUGGCUUGGUAGAUUCAGAUGGACCUUGCUAUGCAGUGAUGGUGUAUAAUAUAGUACAGAGCUGGGGAGUUCUCAUUGGGGACUCUGUUGCCAUUCCUGAGCCCAAUCUUCGGCUUCAUCAAAUUCAGCACAAGGGAAAGAAAACAGCUCAAGUUUUAUCUAAUGUGAGAGAGAGGUAAGGAGUGUAUACCGGACAGGGUGGGGAGAAUGUGGCAGGUGGUUUAUCCCAUGCUGGAGUUUUUUCCAUCUUAGGAUUGGUGAUGAACUUCUUUCUCUUUUCUUUCAGGACUAUUCCUUUUCCAGUGUUCGUGUCGAGACGCCCCUCCUGCUAGUGGUGAAUGGAAAGCCUCAGGGCUCUAGCAGUCAGGCUGCUGCCACAGUGGCAUCACGACCACAGUGUGAAUGAUCUUUCCUGACUUGCAUGCUACAGAGAGAGUGGUGGCGGGGAGAUUAGCUCAAGGCACUUGGCCACUGGAUCAACCACAUCCAGUGACUCCACUGGGAUUGGUGGAGGGUGUAUUUUAAGUGGAGACUUUCCCAUCAUCCCUUGACCUGGAAGAUCCUUUGUGUCUCUUAAUUCUUCCCUGUCAUGGUCCAGAUCCCUCCAGGGCCACACACUCCCCUGGUGUAUCUCUGUUGCCUCUUUGACUGCUGUCUGUUUUAAGCAGAGUCUAGCAUUGGUGGAAAUGUUGGGAUCUUGCCAUGGGAAAAAAUCCCCAGGAUUCCUGCUCUUGCCUCUUUCCUGAGUCUAAUAUGUAUAUAUCAGUUCAGUAUUUAUUGCUAAGGAAAGGGGCUUUACUUUUUAAUGGCUUGAUUUUGGAGCUAUUUUUAUUUUAAAAAUUUAAGUUCUUGCCCUUCUUUGGGGUUGGAACGGAAUUAAAUUUUUUUGGAAAAAAAAAUACCCUAUAGUUUGGUCUGCUUUAUUUUCUCCAGGCUUGGAUUCUUGCUUUUAGGAUCUCUUCAGUCUAUUGGAGUAAUCUCUCCCCUUUGGUCUUUAUAUAGUUUUUUUCUGGAAGUAGACAGCUCAGAACAGGAAUGAUAGCUUCAGAAAUUUGCUGAAGACCAGUUUCUUUCCAUUUUCUUGUUUGUCAUUCCUAGUGGUGAUCCACCCCAUAGUCCAAGAUGACACAUCAAUGCUAUCCUAAUUGUGUUCCUAUGCCCAAAAGACCAGAGAUAGCUAGAUGUUCAGCUUCUUUAGGUUCUAAUGAUGCAUUUUAUAACAGUUUCUCAAUAUUCUUGUGGAAAAUGAAGAAAUGUAAACAAGGCUUAAUAACCAAUUGAAUGGCUAUACCAAUGUUAAUGCAUAUAUAGAUAUAUUUGGAAAACUUCUAAGUACUUGCUCUUUUAGGAAUAUAGCAUAGGUCUUUGUCCUUGGUCUGGUCCUGUUCAGCUCUUGUUCAGUGACUUGAUUACCACUGGUGAAAAUUUAUAAUGACUGCAGAAGACAGAGAGCUGAGAAAAUGGAUAACAGAAUAAACAUUUUUCUGUCUAAAGAAAUUAUAAAGGCUGAAUCUAACAAGAUAAAAAUUUGGAAGUCCAUUCUUUCAGGCCAAAAAGGCUAACUUUCUGAAGUAUAUCUUUAAGAUCAUAUGCCACAGGUAAGUUAAAGCCAGUAUGAGUAACCAAUUUGAUAUAAUUGCAAAAACACACUUUUGGGGACUGCUCUGAGGAAUCUGAUAACCAGAGAGUAUUUAAUAUUGUGUCCAUCAUACCACACAGGGAGCCUUGUAUCCAGUUUCCACUCUUGAUUUUGAGGAAUAUCAUCAUAGAAGAGUGAUCAGGAGUUUGUGGGCAUAUAAAAUCUUGAGCGAUGGCCCAAAGCAACUGGAGAAUAAUGGUAAUGAGUGUUAGAGACAGUAGAGAGAUGGGACCCAAUAACUGUUUCCCUUUUACUGAAGUCCUGAGAUGCUUUGACAUGUUCUUUGUAGGGAAAGAAAGAACAGUACAUGGUAACUAGACAGAAGCAAUAUGUACAAAUAAGUGAGUAUACAAAGUAAAUAUGUACAGUUUAAAGAAUAAUUAGAAUACCCGUGAAAUGUCCAUCUGUCUUAAAAACUGGAACAUCACUGAUAGCUUGGAAGCCUUUUGUGUACCUCUCCACAAUCUAAUUAAUCACUGCUAUGAAUGGAUGACUCCCUAUCCUCUUCCAUGCUUAAUGUUGUCUUUUGGGUAUUUUAACACAACAUUUUAGUUGUUUUAAUUGAAUGGACCAUUCAUGAUAACAAGUCUGCCAUACUGUUGCACAUGGAUAUUUCAAUUCAGUAAAGAAAUUAUUGCUGAAGCUCCCAAAACUGAACUGUCUGUGUUAGGAGAGGUGAAUUCUUUUUCAAGACUGCUAGAAAUGUAACUGAGGACACUGUAUCUGGAAAUAGCUACUUUAAUUUUACAUUUAGUUCUAAUAUUUUAUCACUCAGUGGAGCCUAUAUCAUUCACAAUUCUGCUACAACUGGUCACUCAGAGGAGUGGCGGGUUUGGUGGGUUGAGUAUUAAUCUAGGUAGACUGAAAGCAUUUCUAGUUCAAAAUAUGAAUAAAAAAUAGGUUCCCAAAGAGGUCACCACUUCUUUAUUCUUUAUAAAGCUCUAGAUCUUACUCUCUUUUACAUUUGAAAUUUAUUUGCUAGUAUAGAAUAAAUUGAGUAAUAAGAGCUUUCAUAAAGGUGCUGCCAAAUUUGGCUAGGAAGCAGAUGAUUUCUGUGGCCUCCAUGUGGUAUAAUGAGAAAAGAGCUUGUGAAUAACUUCAUUGUUGAUUAGCAUUUUCACUGCUAACUAUGUCAGUUCUUCCAGGAAAUCCUAUACAUAAUCCUGGCUCUAUAUACAUGGGAGUUUCUUUUGUCUGGAAAAUAUUUAGGGAAGCUGAUAUUAAAUUCACCAAAAGAACCAUUCCUUUCUGUCAAAUUUUAACAUGUCAGAUUGUAAUUCAACAAUUUAUGGCUGGGCACGGUGACACAGACCUGUGAUCCCAGCACUCACUUGGCUGAGGCGGGAGGAUCACCUACAAGUUCAAGGCCAGCCUAAACUACCGUGUCACAAAAAACCAAAAAAACACCCUUCAAAACAACAAACAACCCUCCACAAAAACCAUGAAAUUCUUAUCAAUUUAAAUUAUGGAGUUAAAAAAAUUUAAAUUUUUAAUCUUUAUUAGUAGAUGUUUGCAGUACAUAAUUGUUAUAUUCAUCAUGGGGAGCAGGUACAUGUACAUAUCUUAAUUCUUUUUACUUUCCCUACAUUACCAUCCCUUCUCCCUCCCAAUCUUCUUUUUCCCACUUUUAAAUAGUCACAAAAGUAAUGAUGUUUCUGUCUUUGGCAUUUUAGAUUUGGAGAAAUACAACAAUGUUACUUUGUAGCAGUUGCUCUGUAUUAAUUUUUCUGAAUUUCUUUUUUUAUAUAUGAUGGCCAUCUUUCCAUGACAGUUAAUACAGGUCUACCACAUAAUUUUAAAAUGACUACAUAAGUCUCCAAUUAACGGACAUAUCAUCUUUAGUUUAAUCAUUCUUUCUUUGUUGGUUUUUAAAAAUUAUGAAUAAUGCAAUGAACAUAUGUAAUUUUUUUUUUUUGAUGGUACUGGGGGUCGAACUCAGGACUUUGUGCAUCGCAGGCAGCUCAGUGGCACUGAUCUAUAUCCUGGUCCCCACUUGUAAUUUUUUGUAUACAUUGGAAGCAUUUCUUUUGGGUUAAUUUCAUGAAGUGAAAUUAAUUUGAUAGACGUUGCUAAUUUGCAUUUCAUAAAGGAUACAUUGAUUUAUACUUCUCGAGUGUUUCAAUGAAUGCCUGUUUCUUCAUGAGCUGUGUAUGGUUUUUAUGUUUGAUAGACAAUAUGAUUAUUGUUUUAAAUUUACAUUUUUCUAUUUGUGACUGAGUACUUAAUAAAAUACUUACCUACUUAUAAA